CCAGUUGUUUUGACCAUUUUGGACCAUGGAGGAUCAAGUGGAAAACUCCUGUCGUCAUCUCAUGUUUUAAUAGAACAGUUCAGGGGCUUUCUCUGUUAAUGGUUGACUACUAGUCAGUCACUGCUCCUAUUUGUCUUUCAUGGUUAUUUCAAAGGCAGCAUUAUCUGUUCAAUACGUUAGGCAAAAUUCUCUCAUGUUAACAUCUUUAUAAUAGCACUAUGCAGUAAACCAAGACAAAACUAUACUGUUAAGCGAUAUGUAUAUUUUGGAUGUACAGACAGCAUUUUAAGAUCACAUAAUGUACAAUAGUCUUUGUCAGUUCUUUACACCUUUGGAGAAGAGGAGACAGUGGCAUAGGAGACAAGUGGCAUAAAUACAUUAAACUCACAAUUGCUGUGGUAAAAUCUGAAUCAGAAUAUAUAUAUAUAUAUAUAUUGUCCUUGCCAACUCUGUAACGAGUCUGAUAAGAAUCUGAUAAAAUAAAGCAGAUACAUCAGAUAAGAUAUACAUUAUUUUGGGAUAGACUGUGUACAUUGUGCCUAUUUAUAGAAACUAGUACUGUUAUAAUGUUAUAAAUAAUGUUAUAUUUAUGAAUGAAGAUCGGUGACAAUGUAAUAUUUCACAUUGAUGGCAUGAAAAAAAACUCCAGUGUAAUUUGUUUUUAUAAUCAAAGGAUUGAUUUUAGAGAGACAGCUGAUUAGUUCUCAACAAAUUCGCCAUGUGUGUGUAUGUUUGUCCGGGAGAGUGGGCUUACGUGUGUUUGGAAUGAAGAUGUCACUGGUAAAACAGAUGUUCUCUUUCGCGAUGGUGGCAUAAAAACAAGACCAAAGUGUAAUUUACCCUGUGUGUGUGUGUGUGUGUGUCCGGGAGAGUGGGCUUACAGGUGUGUUUGGAAGGAAGAUGUCAAUGGGGAAACAGGUUGCGCUGGCUGCAGUGGUGGUAGUGAUGGGAUGUGUGGGCAUCAUCGCUCUAAUCCUCACAUUAGUUCAGCACCACUUGGUGGAUCUCCCCCAUCGCAUGCAGUAUGGGAUGGUGUUCGAUGCUGGAUCCACACACACUUCUCUCUACAUGUAUCGUUGGCCUGGCAACAAAGAAAACAACACUGGGGUGGUGUCACAGAUGCUGGUCUGUGAUGUUGACGGAGAUGGCAUCUCUAGCUAUGCCCAGGACCCACCUGGUGCAGGGCUCAGUCUGAGGAAGUGCCUGGAAAGUGCACUGGCAGCCGUCCCUGCAAACCAGCAGAGGGAAACUCCUGUGUACCUUGGUGCUACCGCUGGCAUGCGACUCUUGCAGCUACAGAAUCACACCCAGUCUUAUCAGGUGUUGGAGCAGGUAACCAAGGUGAUCCAGGGGUAUCCCUUUGACUUCCGGGGGGCACGGAUCUUAUCUGGGAUGGAGGAAGGGGCUUACGGAUGGAUCACCAUCAACUAUCUACAAGAGAGCUUCAUCAAGCACACCUUUGAGGGAGAAUGGGUGAGCCCUAAAGGAAGGAAGAUCUGGGGCGCCCUGGACAUGGGAGGUUCUUCUACCCAGAUAUCCUUUACCCCCGGCCAGCCUGUACAGGACCCUGCCUCCGCCCUGGGACCCAAGCUCUAUGGUUACCAAUAUGAGGUGUACACACACAGCUACCUGUGCUAUGGCAAGGACCAGGCCAUGAGGCAGCUACAGGUUCAUCUACUGAAGAUGAGUGGGUCUACCCGCCCAGUCAAGCACCCCUGCUACCACCUGGGCUACAACCUAACCCUGACUCUGGGUGACCUCUAUGACUCCCCCUGCGUUGCCAGACCCGUGACCUUUGAUCCGGCCUCAGAGGUUACCUUCACAGGGACCAGUGAGCCACCGCGAUGUCUCAACCAGAUGAAGAACAUCAUGAACCUGACUGACUGCUCCCUGGCUCCUGACUGUGGCUUCAACGGGGUAUACCAGCCCCCAGUCAGUGGCGACUUCUUUGCUUUCUCAACAUACUAUUAUACCUUUGACUUCCUUGGUCUGGCUCCUCAGCCUUCUCUGGCUGAGGCUACCACAACUAUAGACACAUUCUGUAAAAGGACCUGGGACUCGGUGGCAGAUACAGACAUCAACUGGACGCUGGGCUACAUGUUGAACCUGACCAACCUGAUCCCUUCAGAGCGCCCCCUGGUGGUGACAGGUGUGCAGCAUGGCCAGUGGGCAGCAGAAGUCUUCUUCAUAACGUUUGCUGUGUUCCUCAGCCUGUUGGUGCUAGCCAUACUGUUGCUCUGGAACCCAUGAGGCAACACAACAAUCGAUGCAAUCACACUCUGAACGUCUCUGACUUCUAGUCUCUUCUAGUCCAUACAGAUUAUUACAAUGUGAUAAUAGCAGUGAGUCAAUAAGAUCGACGGAUCGGACGAGCGUGGCAGCUUCUGGAACUCACAGUAAUAGUUAAAGAAAUAAUUUGUAAUAUUUUCUGUCAAUAUGACUGGAAUUAUGGAGGCAAUUGAAUGUAUUAUGUAUUUAUUAGGCUUGUAUAAACUGCAUAGGUGGAUGUUUUCAAGCAAAAAGAAACCCAACAAUAAAUUGUAAUAUGACACUAUCUAACUGUAAAUAAAUAGUGUUGCUAUGAAUAUAUAUCUCUUCAUAAUCUAAUAAAUACAUUUUUUCCCCCCACAAA